AUGCAUAAAGCAUUUGUUGUUAAAGUUGAGAAGGAUGGGUUUGCUGGCAUGGUGCUGCCCGGCAUGCGUGUGUGUGAUAUGCAUGAUUCUGGUGGCGGCCACGGUGGGGUGGUUGACCGGCUUCGGAGCUUUCCAGAACGGUGGUAUUCACGAUGUUUUCUUCUCUAUUCUUUAAUUGGUCGUGUUAUUAUAUUUGUCUCUUCAUAUGACUUCAAAACAUACUAUGUUCAUCUUGCUCGGCUGGUGUUGACCCCUCCACAGAUUGCUCAUCGGGUUGGCCAGUCAGAGAUUCUGGGACGUAUACAUGUUGCUCCAAUUAAGAUUGGAAAUAUAUUUUAUCAAUGCUCCUUCGUGGUUCUGGACUCUCCCAAUACGGAGUUUCUCUUUGGAUUGGAUAUGUUACGCAAACACCAGUGUAUUAUUGAUUGGAAGGAGAAUGUUCUUAGAGUUGGAGGAGAAGUUUCUGUGCCAUUUUUGCCAGAAAAGGACAUCCCUUCCCAUUACCUUGAUGAAGAAAGGAAUCUGAAGCAAACGAAAACUGGAACCACAGAGUGGAAUGCUAGCGUGCAAUCCGGAGGUCCACCAUCUGGGGGCGCAUAUGCUGAUGUAACACUGAGACCCAAUUUUGAAGCCAAAGUAGACAAGCUUGUUGAGCUGGGGUUUGCAAGAGAAAUGGUGAUAGAAGCUCUAAAAUUAUGUGAUGGCAAUGAAGAGCAGGCUGCUGGGAUUCUCUUUGGAGGCUAGCCAUGAUCUUCCAUUUCUUUGUCUUAGAAAUAAUAUUAUUGUUCUUCAGUUAUUCAAAACAAUUUACACU